AUGGAUUGCUGCUGGGCCCCUUUCCUCUACCUGUGCCUCUUGGCGUCUCAGAGCAGGAUGGCAGAGGCAUCCCAGGAGACCCUGGACUGGAUGAAGAGAAUGGAGGCAGCAGCUAAGAGGAGGAGCAACAUGUCUUUUGCUGAUCUCGUUCAUGGCCUAGAGUUGAGGCUGCUCAAUGCCAGCUUCGGGGGCCACAACCUCACCUUGCAGACGCACAUCAUCCAGGCACUGGCCUUCAGGCUGAACUGCAACUUCACUGGCCUCUCUCUGAGCAGUGCCGCUGUGGAGAAGGCCCUCCAGGCCCAGCCCCAGCACGCCAUGCAGUUCCCGGCCGAGCUGACCCAGAAUGCCUGCAGGACACGCUCUGGGGAUCUUCGUCUCAUCUGUAUCUACUUCUCCAGCACCCGCUUUUUCCAGAAAGACAUCAACUCAUCUCUGCUCAGCAACUAUGUUCUGGGGGCCCAGCUGAGCCAUGGAUACGUGAGCAACCUCAGCGAACCAGUGAACAUCAGCUUCUGGCACAACCAAAGCCUGGAAGGCUACACAGUGACCUGUGUCUUCUGGAAGGAGAGAGCCAGCAAGCACCACUGGGGGGCCUGGAGCCCCGAGGGCUGUCGCACAGAGCGGCCCACACCUUCCCAGGUGCUCUGCCGCUGCAACCACCUCACCUACUUUGCUGUUCUUAUGCAACUCUCCCAGGCCCCUAUCCCUGCAGAGCUGCUGGCGCCUCUCACCUACAUCUCCCUGGUGGGUUGCAGCAUCUCCAUCGUGGCCUCGCUGCUCACUGUCUUGCUGCACGUCCAGGCCAGGAAGCAGAGUGACUCAGUCACACGCAUCCACAUGAACCUGCAUGCCUCCGUGCUGCUCCUCAACAUCGCCUUCCUGCUGAGCCCUGUGCUGGCCACGCCCCCAGUGCCCGGGGCAGCGUGCGUGGCGCUGGCCGCCACCCUGCACUACGCGCUGCUCAGCUGCCUCACCUGGAUGGCCAUUGAAGGCUUCAACCUCUACCUCCUACUGGGGCGUGUCUACAACAUCUACAUCCCCCGAUACGUGCUCAAGCUCUGUGCGGUGGGCUGGGGGGUCCCGGCCUUCCUAGUGCUGCUCCUUCUUGCCGUCAAGAGCUCAGUUUACGGACCCUGCAGGAUCCAGCUCUCCGACAGCCAGGGAAACAGCACGGGCUUCAAGACCAUGUCAAUAUGCUGGGUGCAGAGCUCCUGGGUGCACAGUGUCCUGGUCAUGGGCUAUGGUGGCCUCACGUCCCUUUUCAACCUGGUGGUGCUGGCCUGGGCGCUGAGGGUCCUGAACAAACUGCGGGCACAGGAGAAGGCACCGGGCACCCGGGCCUGCCGGGACGCCAUCACCGUGCUGGGCCUCACCGUGCUGCUGGGCACCACCUGGGCCUUGGCCUUCUUCUCCUUCAGUGUCUUCCUGCUGCCCCAGCUCUUCCUCUUCACCAUCUUCAACUCGCUCUACGGUUUCUUCCUCUUCCUGUGGUUCUGCUCUCAGAGGUGCCGCUCAGAGGCAGAGGCCGAGGCAGAGAUGGAGGUGUUCACCUCCUCCCAGAUGGUGCAGUAG